GAAAGGGGGCGGGACUAACGAUGUUUAAGGAAGUAGGAUUGAAGUUGGUUUGGGUUGUUUUUAUUACAGUUUUAUAUACAACUCUACCACCAUUAUUAACAGGAGCAACUUGAUGCUAUUUCGGCGAAUAAAUGUGUUCAGUGUGAAUCUUAAAUAACUUAACCCGCAUUCACAACAUGCGUCUCUUUUUACUACUUUUUCUCACACUGUUUUUACAUUGUACGGCGCAAACCAAGAGGAGGAAUGUACUGCUUAUAAUCGCUGACGAUGCCGGUUUUGAGACGGAGGUGUACAAUAACUCAGUGGUGCACACUCCAAACCUGCGAUCUUUGGCCAAACGCAGUCUGAUCUUCAACAACGCCUUCACCUCCGUCAGCAGCUGCUCACCCAGCCGCUCCUCCAUCCUCUCGGGACUCCCGCAACACCAGAAUGGCAUGUAUGGCCUUCAUCAGGGAGCCCAUCAUUUCAACUCAUUUGAUGAAGUGCAAAGUCUACCCCUGCUUCUCAGUAAAGCCAAUAUACAUACAGGUAUAAUAGGUAAGAAGCACAUUGGACCAGGGUCUGUCUAUCCCUUUGAUUUUGCCUACACAGAGGAGAACAACUCUGUGCUUCAAGUUGGGAGGAACAUCACUCGAAUCAAACUUUUAGUGCGAAAGUUUUUCCAAAUACAUAAAGAGGAAGAACAAAAGAAGAACAAUGAAAACAGUGUCCAAGAUCCCAACAGGCCAUUCUUCCUCUAUGUGGCUUUUCACGACACUCACAGAUGUGGACACUCACAGCCGCAGUAUGGGCCCUUCUGUGAGAAAUUUGGAAAUGGAGAAAAAGGGAUGGGCAGGAUCCCUGAUUGGACACCUCAAUACUACACACCAGAUCAAGUCAAGGUUCCUCCUUUUAUUCCAGACACUCCAGCUGCUAGAGCCGAUUUAGCAGCUCAAUACACCACAGUGAGUCGGCUUGACCAAGGCAUUGGUCUAGUCCUCCAGGAACUCAGAGAAGCUGGUUAUGACAAUGACACACUGGUAAUCUACAGUUCAGAUAAUGGUAUCCCAUUCCCAAAUGGAAGGACUAACCUGUACUGGUCUGGAACAGCAGAGCCCAUGCUCGUGUCGUCUCCAGAGCACAGAGAGCGAUGGGGGCAGACGAGUACAGCCUACGUGAGCCUGCUGGAUAUCACCCCCACUGUUCUGGACUGGUUUUCUAUUCCAUACCCGUCCUACAGCCUGCCCAGCAGCCCCUCUGCUCCAGUCCAGCUCACAGGACGCUCUUUACUCCCUGCUCUGGUCACAGAGCCCACCACGUGGGACACUGUGUUUGCCAGUCAGUCCCUCCAUGAAGUGACUAUGUUCUAUCCAAUGCGUUCUGUCCACCAGGGGGCAUACCACCUUCUUCACAACCUUCACUAUCGCAUGCCUUUCCCCAUUGACCAAGACUUCUACGUUUCCCCCACCUUCCAGGACAUCUUAAAUCGGACGCAGGCUGGGGUUUCGACACACUGGUUCAAAACUCUGCAGCAGUAUUACUACAGGGAACGCUGGGAGCUGUACCACACCAGGUCUGACCCUCUGGAGAUAAGAAACCUAGCCUCUGAUGCCACGUACAGGCCUGUGCUGGACAGCCUGAGGCAGAGGCUGCUGAAGUGGCAGUGGGCAACGGGGGACCCCUGGGUCUGUGGACCGGACCAUGUCCUGGAGGAGAAGCUCGAGCCACGCUGCAGACCACUCCACAAUGGGCUCUAAUGGACUGUUAUGGAGCCAUAAUGGUCUUACGUUUUUAUGGGACAAAUUAAGUUUCACAUUUAUAUGUGCUUUCUUUGUUGGAUGAAUAAACAUAUUUCUGG